UCAAAAUCAUUUUUAUUUAUGUCAUGCAGAAAAUGAGCACAAAGUUUGGCGAUUUGUUAGCAUUCAGUGGUCCAGCACCGGAGAGAAUUAACGGCAGACUUGCCAUGAUUGGGUUUGUUGCUGCUAUGGGAGUAGAAGUUGCUAGAGGUACUGACGUCGCAGCACAAUUGGCUGAUGGAGGACUUCCAUGGUUUGUAAUAACCAGUGUUGUGCUAUCAGUGGCCUCUCUUAUACCGUUGUCUCAAGGCGUCAGUGUUGAAUCAAAAUCAGAUGGGUUGAUGUCUUCAAGUGCUGAAAUGUGGAACGGUAGAGCUGCAAUGUUGGGUUUGGUUGCAUUAGUGCUUACUGAGGUUGCCAAAGGUGGAGCUCUAAUUUAAUUUUCAUUUUAAUUUACUAGGCCCUGUAAAUGUUUUUGAUCAACAUAUAUAUAAAUGAAAGAAAGACAAAGAUGCAAAGAGAAACAACACUUGUUCAUUUUUA